CAACAGGGCAUGAAGAUUGAAGAGAUAUCCAUACUUCCAUUUCUUAUUCUGUGUGUAGCUAGUAUGCUCUUUCUGAGCCUUCGUUCAUCACCAUCAAUCUUAGAAUGUGAAAAUCUUCUUGGAUCCUCAUUUAGCGUGGUCCUCAUGGUUUUUGUGUUUAACACCAUGAUUUUUGCAUUCCUAGUUGAAGGUUAUAUGCCGUCUUAUGAAGAAUUUGAUAAUUUUGAUUGGUCUUUGCCUUUCCAACUCAUGGUAGAUGGAAUGAAAGAAGAGCAUGAGGAAUAUAGAUGUAAUAACAUAGAUACCGGUGAUGACGAUGACAAUGAUGAUUAUUGUUAUCCCUGUUCAGAUGGCUACAAUGAAGAUGACGACGAUGAUGGUAGUGAUGAAGAGGUAGGUUGGGCAGAUGAAGAACAAGAUGACGAUGAUUUAGACAAAAGAAUUGAGGAAUUCAUUGCAAAGGUCAAUAAAGGAUGGAGGGAGGAGUGGUUAAGGGAGAAUCUUCAUGAUAGAUUUGUGGUUUAACCAGAUGUCUAUGAAGGAUAACAUUAAUCCUUUC